UUGAUACCGUCAUUGUCCUCUUCCUUUUCCUGCCUUCGCCCACUCUUCUCUUCUCUGGGAUGUCAAACCCUCCUAGAAUAUAAAGCAAAACACACGCGUCUUCUCUUCGUCGCUCUCCCUUUUCAGGCAUCUCGCGCUUUUUUCCUCUCGCCAAACCCUAACCCUAACCAGUCUCACCGUCCAUCUCCAUUGGCGAAGAGGAAAAAUACCCUAAUUAUAACUCUUUCAUCGCCCUAACCCUAAUUCAAUUACACACAGAGAUUAGAGAACGAGGGAGAGCUAGGGUUUUCAUCGGAAUUCAUGGCUGCUCAGACGGUUACAAACAAUCUAUACGAGGCGGCAUCACAGCCUGAUACUGGAGGCGACGCCUAUACCUUCCUUGAAUUCAAUACGCAGGGUGACGACUAUGAUUACCCAGAAUUCCGAGAACUAUCGCAGCCGAUCAGGUCUUCCGUGUGGCCUACACCCUCAGAUUCCGUGUCAGACCCUUCAGAGCGUGGGGCUGAUAUACAGGUCGAUGGUAGCGCUGUUUCUUCCGCUCCAGGAAGUGCGUCGAAAGGUAGGGGUGGUAGCAGCAGUGGCAGCAGCAACCAGGCUACGGUGGAUGCCAUAGCGGCGGGAAUGAACGGCCUGAGCUUUGAGGAGACCGGAGAGGAUGAUAAUUACGAGUAUGGAAAGGGUGAUUUCACGGAACAUGCUUGUCGGUACUGUGGGGUCCAGAAUCCGGCAUGUGUUGUUAGGUGUAACGUGCCUUCAUGCCGGAAGUGGUUCUGUAAUUCACGGGGGAAUACUUCGGGUUCGCAUAUCGUCAAUCACCUGGUUCGAGCAAAACACAAAGAAGUCUGUCUUCAUAAAGACAGUCCUCUGGGAGAAACAAUUCUUGAAUGUUACAACUGUGGUUGCCGAAAUGUGUUCCUUCUUGGAUUUAUUUCUGCGAAGACAGAGAGUGUUGUUGUUCUUCUUUGUAGAGAACCUUGUUUGAGUGUUAAUGCAUUGAAGGACAUGAACUGGGAUUUGAGCCAGUGGUGUCCACUUAUUGAUGAUAGGUGUUUCUUGCAGUGGCUUGUUAAGGUCCCAUCUGAACAGGAACAGUUAAGAGCACGCCAAAUUAGUGCUCAACAGAUAAAUAAGGUGGAGGAGCUUUGGAAAACUAAUCCUGAUGCCACCUUAGAAGAUCUUGAGAAGCCUGGAGUGGAUGAUGAACCUCAAUCCGUGGCCUUGAAGUAUGAGGAUGCAUAUCAGUAUCAAAAUGUAUUUGCACCACUUGUGAAGCUUGAAGCUGAUUAUGAUAAAAUGAUGAAAGAAUCACAGAGUAAAGACAAUGUCACAAUACGUUGGGAUAUUGGUCUUAACAAGAAACGCAUUGCAUACUUUGUUUUUCCAAAGGAAGAUAAUGAGCUGCGGCUUGUACCUGGUGAUGAGUUGCGGCUUCGUUAUUCAGGUGAUGCAGCUCAUCCAGCAUGGCAGUCGGUGGGGCAUGUGAUCAAGCUGACUGCACAAGAAGAGGUUGCUCUUGAGCUCCGUGCUAGCCAGGGCGUUCCUGUUGAUGUGAACCAUGGUUUCAGUGUUGAUUUUGUUUGGAAGAGUACCAGCUUUGAUCGGAUGCAGGGUGCAAUGAAAACUUUUGCAGUGGAUGAAACAAGUGUCAGUGGAUACAUAUACCAUCACUUGCUAGGACAUGAAGUUGAGGCUCAGGUGGUUCGUAAUACACUACCUCGUCGUUUUGGUGCACCAGGCCUUCCAGAACUUAAUGCAUCACAGGUUUUUGCUGUAAAGAGUGUACUGCAGAAACCGAUUAGUUUAAUACAAGGGCCUCCUGGCACAGGGAAAACUGUAACCUCUGCAGCCAUUGUGUAUCACAUGGCCAAACAAGGCCAAGGGCAGGUUUUGGUUUGUGCUCCAAGUAAUGUUGCUGUUGACCAACUUGCUGAAAAGAUCAGUGCAACUGGUUUAAAGGUUGUCAGGCUUUGUGCUAAAUCAAGGGAAGCUGUGAGCUCUCCUGUUGAGCAUUUAACAUUGCAUUAUCAGGUCCGACAUCUUGAUACAUCUGAAAAGAGUGAACUUCAUAAGCUGCAGCAACUGAAGGAUGAACAAGGUGAACUGUCUAGUAGUGAUGAGAAGAAGUACAAGGCCUUGAAAAGGGCAACCGAGAGGGAAAUAUCUCAGAGUGCUGAUGUUAUCUGUUGCACAUGUGUUGGUGCUGGGGAUCCUCGACUGGCAAAUUUUAGAUUCCGCCAGGUUCUUAUUGAUGAGUCUACCCAGGCAACAGAACCUGAAUGCCUGAUUCCUUUAGUGCUUGGUGUGAAACAGGUUGUUCUUGUUGGAGACCACUGUCAACUUGGUCCUGUGAUCAUGUGCAAGAAAGCAGCGCGAGCCGGGCUAGCCCAAUCUCUCUUUGAACGACUUGUACUUCUUGGUGUGAAACCAUUUAGAUUGCAGGUUCAAUAUCGAAUGCAUCCAUCACUAUCAGAAUUUCCGUCUAACAGCUUUUAUGAGGGUACACUUCAAAAUGGAGUGACCAUCAAUGAAAGGCAAUCGUCAGGGAUUGAUUUUCCUUGGCCUGUUCCAAAUCGUCCCAUGUUCUUUUAUGUUCAGAUGGGACAAGAGGAGAUAAGUGCAAGUGGGACUUCUUAUUUAAAUAGGACUGAGGCUGCAAAUGUUGAAAAAAUUGUAACUACUUUCUUAAGGAGUGGUGUUGUUCCUAGUCAGAUUGGAGUUAUAACACCAUACGAAGGGCAACGGGCCUACAUAGUGAACUAUAUGUCAAGAAAUGGUGCUCUCAGGCAGCAACUUUACAAGGAAAUUGAGGUUGCAAGUGUAGAUUCCUUCCAGGGAAGGGAGAAAGAUUAUAUCAUUUUGUCUUGUGUGAGAAGUAAUGAGCAUCAGGGCAUUGGAUUCCUUAAUGAUCCACGCAGGCUAAAUGUCGCACUUACACGAGCUCGUUAUGGUAUUGUUAUCUUGGGGAAUCCUAAAGUUUUGAGCAAACAGCCAUUGUGGAAUAGCUUAUUGACUCACUACAAGGAACAUGAUUGCUUGGUGGAAGGACCUUUGAAUAACCUGAAGCAGAGUAUGGUUCAGUUUCAAAAGCCAAAGAAGAUCUACAAUGAUCGAAGACUUUUCUUUGGAGGUGGCCCAGGGAUUGUUCCAAAUGAUAAUUUUGGGACUAUUGUAUCUUCUAGCCCAAAUGCUGAUAAAAGAGGCAACCGCUCUAAAGGUUCUUAUAUGCCAUUUGGUGCACCCAAUGGUACCCAUAAGCCUGGUGUGCACCCAGCAGGAUUUCCUGUGCCGCGAAUUCCUCUUCCACCAUUUCCGGCUGGUCCCCAUUCACAGCCUUAUGCAAUUCCAACUCGUGGAGCUGUUCAUGGUCCUAUUGGAGCUGUUCCACAGGUCCCUCAAGCAGGUAGCAGGGGUUUUGGAUCUGGGCGUGGUAAUGCUGGUGGUCCUAUUGGUGGUCACCUCUCACAUCAGCAAGGUUCCCAGCAAAACAUUGGGAGCGUUGGCUCUAAUUUCAAUUUUCCUUCUCUGGACAAUCCAAAUAGUCAGCCAUCUGUUGGAGGUCCCUUAUCUCAGACUGGGCUUAUGACUCAGAUGCCGGUUCAAGGGCUAAGCCAGACAUUCCGUGAUGGGUUUUCUAUUGGAGGCAUGUCUCAGGAUUUCUUGGGAGAUGACUUCAAAAGUCAGGGGUCACAUGUUGCUUAUAAUGUUGCAGACUUCUCCACCCAGGUUUCUCAAAGUGGGUAUGGUGUUGAUUAUGUUACCCAAGGAGCACAAGGUGGGUUUCCAGGAAGCUUUCUAAACCAGAAUUCACAGGCUGGAUACUCUCAUUUGGGUACUGGAAACGAUUUCAUAUCUCAGGAUUACAUGCCUCAUGGAUCACAAGGUCUAUUUACUCAGGUUGGGUUUAACGACCCAUCACAAGAAGAUACUUCUCAGGCACAUUUUGGUGUCGGUGGUCCUAAUCCACUUCAAUCACAGGGCUUGAUGAAUCCUCUCUACUCACAACCUUUCACCCAGUAUAACACACAGCCACUCAACCUGCAGAAUCCACAGCAGCCACAAUCACAGCAGCAGCAACCACAGCAGGGCCAGGGCUCACAUAACCAGAAGCUCCACUACAAUGGCUGAGAGGCCUUGGGGCCUAACUUUGUUGGGUUAUACACUUUGCAUCCAGCAACUUGGUUGUACUGACAUGUCUGUCAUUUCUCUGCACUCUGUUGUGUAUUGGCGUGCAGAAGAGAUCAAUAUUUUGAGGUCGUUUGCUUCCCUCUAUAGCACUUACUAGCUGGUACUGGAAUGGCUGGAGUUGGGAAUUUUGAGUUGGCAAAUGGCAAUGGGUCUCUGAGCGACAUGGGCGGCACAGCCGAAGCUGAGAAAAAGGAUAACCCCAGUUCCCCCACUAAGUUUUCUAUUGUUUUGGGAAAAGUAACCAUUUGAAGGAGGGAGCAUCACAUGGCAUAUAUUGUCGCAGGGUAUGGGUCUGGAUUCCUCUUGCAUGUAAAAAUGGCAAGCUGCUUGGAGUUUAAAAUAUACAAGUAUAUAGAUGUAUACAGGGAAAGCGGAAUGGGACCUCUGGAGUCUGGAGGAAGCAGAGAGCUACUUUUUGGCCUCUCGAGCCUCCCACGUCGAAACACAGUUCUGACUGCAAUUGCAAGUUUUGUACAGCCACGGGGUAGCCCCACCCUAUGUCCCUAUCAGAUCUUUCGGAUGUAUUUGCUAAGGAUUUGACUCCCUUUGGAAUGUCGGGAUGGUUGAUGCUUAUAAUUUAAAGUUGUUUAAUGGGGCAGAGUCACUGCAACCCAUAGAAUUGGAUUCAAAA